UGUUGGUGCUGAUAUUUGCAACGUUCAGUCCGUCCACCACCACAUCAAAAGCUGGCUUCCUCUCCACAAAUGCCUUAAACCUCUCCAACUCCUGAGCAGACACAACCAGACAGUAAGCCCCAAAAGAGUGAGAUUAAUGUAUUGAAAUAAAAUAGGUCAGUGGAGAUGCAGAUUUAAAAAAAACUUAUAAAAAGAUAAGUCCAGUUACAUCUAAAGAAUCAGCAGCUUGCUUAAAAACAGUUUUUUGUUUCAUCAUAGAGGCUGUAAGACUUUAUGGAUGCAUGUUCAUAUUAACAGAUGCUUCUUCUGGAUUUGUAUAAUGCUGUGAAAAGACUAGUACUCUGCUCGACCAACAAGACAAAAAUGUAUUGUCCUGAUGGCAAGUCUUUUAGCAUGCACUUAAAACCAGUGAGGCUUUAAUGUGAAGAUGAGCAUAUUAACAAAUGAUUUUUUACAAUUGUAACAGUAAAAGCUAGGUGUGCAAGAAUGAAAACUUUUAAGGCUGAUGGGAAUUCAAAACUGAAUUACAAAGUCAGAUUAUAGAACUACUUACAGCUGAAAAAAUGAACAGCAUUUAAAGCUGCUGGGAUGAGUUUUUAGCAGACUGAAAUUAACACUGAUGUCUCUUUAUGGCCCAGCAAUUCAAAGAAGACCAUCUAUUAGUACAAACACUUCUAUAACUGUCUAUACAGUUUUUUUUUUGUCUGAAACCAGAAGCAGGAGGGUGUCAGACCAGAAGUGUUGCACUGUAUGCUGCUGAUAUGACCUUUUUUCACAUGCAGCACAGCAAAAGACUUGAUGAGCGAUACAUUUAGCUAUAAAAAAGAGAACAGUGUGUCAGGCCAGACUAGAUGAAAAGAUACUGAAGACCAAAAGGCAGAUAUGAUAACUCCAGAGAAAAAACUGCAUGAGGCUGUAAAAUGACUUCAAUUAAACCUGGAGAGAGAAAGGAAUAACUGUUUAAUGUACAUUUACAAAGGGGAAGGCAAUUAAAACUUUUGAAAAGGCCAACAGUUCAAUCUGGUUAAUGGGGAUCUACUAAGAUUUUCAUAACUUAGUUAGAUAGUUCUUUGUUACACCCCAAAUAAAAAUAAGCAGUUGUAGCAGUGAUGGGAAAAUGUGGGCAUUUAAAAGCCAAUCACACAUUUUCUGGCUAUGUAUAAAAAUACAAACUUUUUGGGACAGGGUUACUCUGAAUCAGCAACAAGAUACUCAGAAACACCCAGAUCAUGUACUUGGGCCUGAUUACCAGAAACAUAAAUAAAAAAAAGGAACCUCAGCCUUUUUUAAUCCUGAUACUUGCACGUAAAAAGGCCAUCACAUGAGAUGGAUCAAAAAGGAUUUGUCAAACCCAGCAUUGGUUAAAUAUUAUGAAGGAAAUAAACCCCAUGGAAAAACUGACUCAUUAUCUCUGAACUAAAGCACGGAGUCACGACAAGACUGAAUAAAAUGGACUGAGUCUCAUAAAAAGAGUCUGCUGUCAUCUAACCUGGGCUCAUACUACCGAAUAUGAGGAUGUAGGUAGAGAGUAACCCCUGCUACAUUUGUAGGCUGGUGAAGUUUUGUGGUUUCUGUUCUGAUUUAAUUCUAAAAAGUAAAACAAGAAAAAAAGAAAGAAAGACAGAAGAAAUAAAGAGCAGAAUGAUUUUGUUAUGAAGACAACCUAUUUUCACAUGCACAGGAAAGACUGCUUUGUUCAUGGGACUUCCUCUCUGGAGCUUUCCUGGUGGUGUUGGUGGUUUGUCCUGCUGAUCACUCUGUGAUUUAAUUGGACUUUUAGCUGUUUUUUUUUUUUUGUAUCUGCUUUCCUGAUCAUGGUUAUAUAUAUGUAAAUUAGGCAUGCUGCACAGAGACCUCCUUCACGUAACCCUCAUGAUAAAAUAUGAAUCUGUUUGUGAUGAAACUUUGGUGUCUUUCAGUGAUGCUGCUGUCUAUUUAGGAUGUAACAACAGGAAAAAGUCCUUUUUACAAAAUCAAAGCAAAAAAGAGCUAAAUGUCACGUGAAACUUAAAUCUUCAUGAAUCUGUAACAGUCAAAAAAAAUCCACUCAGCCAGUCACCCCUAAGUGAUCUCUUCUUUUCAAACAGGGAAAGUAUUUUUUAAGUUCAAAGGUAAUUUAUUUUACUCUUGUUGAGGGCAGACACUUGCAAAAGUUCACUUUGAAAUAUUUCUUUUGGUUGGAUAAAAAGCAGAAAUCCUCUUUUAACAGAUUAACUAAAUUUUUUUUCUAAUAUCUUUGGUAAACUCAAGUUUUAACUACUAACUCUAUUUACUUAGUUAGGGUCGGUUUUUCUUACGUUUUAUUGAAAUUAUCCUUCAUUGCAGAGCUCCAGAAAUGAGUCCUAUUUCAUGUAUAUUUAGAUGAAUGAGCAGACUUUCCCAUUUGUAGUCACAGUGACAAAUCUAGUAUCUGUCUGACUAAAUACGUAAAGUGCCAGAAAUGUGCAGAGAAGUCUGCAGAUUUAGAGUCAUGUUCGUCAUUGUGUUCUCGCAGCACAGCUCAGCUCCACCUGUGAGCUGACUGGUCUGAUGGUUGGCUGCUUUUCUCACUGACUGAUCACAGGCCUGCCAGUAAUACAUCUGCUUCUGUCUUUCCUUCUCAUCACUGAGCUGACAAAAAGCCAGCUGGUUGCUUACAGCUCUGCAAUAUGACACAGUUUUAGAGCUUAUAAAAUGUACUCAUUUACACUUUGAUACAAUUUGUUUUUCCUGGUUGUUUAAAUUGAACGGUCAGUGGAACGAUCUGUACUUUGCCCGUCCUACAUUUGGUCUUCCUGCAUUUUGACAGUCUAAAACUCAGAUGUACUGCCUCUAAAGUGGCCAGCAUCAGAUAUGUUAGUGAACAGUUUUAUGUGGAAACUAUUUAACCCUGAUUUUCACAAACUAUAACUUAAAAAGGAGAAUGGCUGAAAUACAAUCAGCUGAAUAUUUCUGUGUCAUCUGUUUGAAAGAGAAUGCUAACAUUUUUUCUUAAAGUGCAAGAAAUGAGGAAGGCUUCAGUCUAAAUAAUAUUCCGGGCAGUGAGUACAAUAUUCUGUUACAGCUAUGAAACACAACAGGAAAGCUUUGCUGAAAUUUAUGACGGGCCUCUCCCAUGUGAACACUGUUAGUACUUUCACUUUUAGAGAGCGGCAGUAUGGAAAUGGGUUGCUGUGAAUUCCCCUGGACUUGGAACUUGACUGUGCGCCCUAUCACAGGCGCAAAAUCAAAAUGUGUCAGUAAAAAUGUAAAUAGGCUGUAAUAUUCCUCCUCUAAUGAAACUGUACAUCAGAUUAGAGGCCAGCAAAAUCCUGCUGAUGCACACAUGAACACACUUAUCUAGUCUGCAACAACAGAGUGCAGUUUCACAUCAGAUCCUAGAGGGACUUAGAAAAGAGAAAAAAUGGAUGAUGUACAGAUAAAAGUUCAGGAGAUAACAUAAAAAAGUGACCAUGGUAGAGAAAGUAUGCAAAUCUAGUUGAAAAGGAUUAAAGUUUGAGAGGAACGUUGGGGUGAGAGGAGGAGACAGAGAAUGAAGAGACAGAGAGAAAGUCCAGUAUAAUUAUCCAGGGACUUUCCAGGGCUGAUAUGUGAAACCAGCUCAUUGUGCUGCUGUGGAUUAUAUGACUGCUUAAAACAAACACACACUCAGACAAACAGACACAUUUGCACCUGCAUAAAUAGGCUUCUGUGCCAUUUAUGCACCAUGGCUAGACAGUACUUUUUAAAAACUACUAACAGCUUGAAAACUAAUGCAUAAAAUCAGACAUGAGAAAACAAGCUAUCGUAACACCCUUUGAUUCUGAUUCAACAAUUUGAUAGGAGAUCCUGUUUUUUAGAUCAACCAUUUCAUUGUGCGACUUUUCGUAAUCAUUUUGUUUUCAUUUGAAGUUUCAUAGUUUUCUCUUUUGAAAUGAAUAAAAAUACAGAUUACAAUGUCUCUCCUCAUUAUAAGGAUAAGUGACAAAGAGGCUCAUCAAAUAGGUCAAAAUAAAUACAUACACUUUUUACAUUUACGUUGUAAAAGUGUUUACGUUCUACAUUUAUGGAUGAUUAUUUUACUAAAAUAGCAGGCUAAAGGAUAAUAGGAAUGAGUAACAGCUAACGUUGUUUGAAUCAUUUUUCUGGGGCCUUUUAAUGCCUGUAUUUGACAGAUAUGACUGUGAAUAUAGGACAGAAAUGUACAGAGAGAUCGGGGACUGAGACGCAGCCACCUGUGUCAUGGACCAUAGCCUGUGCUUAGUGGUGCAGAUAACCACUGGGCAUCCCAGAAAGACAAGUAUUGUUAUAACAUUUAAAUAUUUUCUCAUCUCAUGUAAAACAUUUUUGGUAAUGUUUUGUGGAAUUUUCUUUGUAAUGAGCUGUAAACGAAAAAGCUCUUUCACUGGAGUAUUUGCUGCAUGUUUAAGUGUUCAGAAAAACUCCAAGCUUUGCUAUUUUCUUGGUAACACUCCUCAACACAGCAACAUUUGAAACUACAGUUUCAGAAAUGAACUUUUCUUUUGACUGUAUGUAAAAAAAAAAGUUUCACUGAUUUGAUUUAUGGAGAUGCAUCCCUGCAUGGCUUUCUCACAAGUUCUCCAGUCUCUGAUUACUUUUGUACGUAAACAAGUGUAGUAAGAUUGCUGUCUGCAUUGUUGCAUGUGAGUUUUUCUCAGUCAGUUUGUCUGGGCACAAGAAUAUAAAAAAGACAAACUCAGCUCUUUUUCCCCCUCCUGCAGUUUAUUUCCUUACUCUCUUCCUUUAUCAGUCUGCAUCUGCUGCUUUACUGUUGUCUGAGGCCCUCUGCAUGCCCUCAUAAUGAAUCGCCUUGAAUUGGAAAUUAAUAAAGUCGAGUUAAAAUGUCUGGCUCUCUUCCUCAGUAUGUCUCCUUGGUGGGAGGCAGUUGUGGUCCAGAUUCACAUGGUGCUCCACAUGCUGGAAAUCCCCUAAAUUUAACCGUUCCACUGACAAACUCCCCCAGACUUCAGAAAAACGGAAAACACAAGCAAACUAUCUCACAGUGAGAAAAUUAAAGAUUACAGAUUACAUUUAAAUUUAUUGCUAACAAUGUGCCAAGAUUUUCCAGGACCUAUGAAAGGUGAUUUUCCUUAUUGACACUGGCAGCUACAGUCAAUGCCUUCAAAUCCAGUGAAAAGCUUGUGUCUAUCUGGCUAUUUAACAUCACAGUGUGUGUGUAUGCAACCAAGAUCAGAUGAUAACUGCCUGAUUUUAACUCUAUAGAUGUAUACAGUCUUCAUUUUAUGUUUCCUUGUUCUUAAACUGGUUCGUGCUGACCUUAGUGCCAGUAUUUAGAUCCUGAUAAUCUGUUCAUGGUGUUGGUUCAUCAGACAGGUGUGUGUGUACCAUCACUUGGCAAACUUUGAGUGGACUGAUACACUUGAUGUCUUUGGCCUUCAAAUACACACUGUGUUCACAGUGUAAUAUCAUGAACUCAGAUUCUUCAAUGCAUGUAAAAUAUGACAAAUUCUUAGCACAAAGCAGCAGAGUAGUCUGACACCUCGUAAAACUCAUUUCUUUGUAAUUUUGACUAAGAUGAUUAAGAUCAUUCCAGCAGUUACCAGUCAGAUCUGUGUGACGUUGUAUGUGCAGAACAGAAGACGGGGAAAUAUCGAACAUCAGACUAAUUAGCAUGCGGCAUCUGGUUUGUUUGAUAUGUUAAAUAAUUGAGGACUAAAAAUGACAAUUUGCAUGUUUCUGUCACGCAAGACCCACUUUUACCAAACAACAGGGUAAUAAUGUAGAUUAUUCAAGGAGUUUUUGACGCAGCUGUGUUCUCAAAGCCUCUCUGGGGAACUUGGUGUUUGUGUUAAUUUGUCUGAUUUUUUGUCUGAUAUUUCAAAGCAGAUGUAGUCUCUGUCAGAAAACAUAACCCCUUUGUUUUUUGACAGUGUAUCACUCACAGGGAAAGUUGGCAAUGGGAAAUGCAUAAAAAGGGUGUUUCUUGGUGUGUGCAUGAUGUCUUGUCCGACACUUUCCUCCUCGCGGUGGUUACAGCCAUUAAAAUUACAAUACAGAAACCCUCAAUUUCACAGCUGAUGUGCUGAUUUUCUUCAAAAGGUUUUAAAGAAUAUAAGAUUUAUCUGAAAGUAUCACCUGAUGCAUGCCAUCACAAGGUCAAGCAAAAUAAUAGUAAUAAAUAAAACUUUUGUUUGUUUCUUUUUCCGAAUAUUUACCUUGUUUUUUGUUUUAUUUUGAGUGAUACAGAUUGCUGGUUAGAAAUAUUAAAAUCCCUUGUGGAAGCCAGUUGUAGUUAGCAGCAGGUGGUUUAAUAUUUGCCUGUAUCUAAACAGCCGUUUAGGCCAGACAGACUUAUCUGAAUCACAUACAGGGCAGGAAAAGAGAAAGCUGAAUAGUGCGCAUUCGCUGUGUUUUGGAUACAGUUCUUAAGUAAUGUCAGCCCAGACAUAUUAAUGAAUAAUGUUUCUGAGCCCACUGCUAAAAUGAACUAACUUUAAGAAAGCUUCUCAAAGUGUGAGAACAGGAGGUCUGUAAAGAGAGUGCUUGACUUUCAUUUAUCAAGUGAAAGCAGUUUCUUGAAGUCCAGAGUUGACUAAACUGAUUUGAAUACCUCAUCGACCUGUUGCCUAGUGUGCACAUGACGCCAUCUAGCAGAAGUUAAAGGUAGAAAGCUGGAACAUGAAACACGUUGAUGAAGUCUGAAAUGGAUCAGAUUUUUUUCUUUAAACAAAACUGACAUAAAGGAUUAGAUAUGUCCCCCAAAAAAGAAACUUGCAAAAGCAUCAUUUUCAAGGCAAUUAGAGACUAUUCACAUUUUGUUUAAGAGAGCAGAUUGGCAAAACUGCAGUUUCACAGUAAUUCAUUUUCACAUUUCAGUGUAAUGUAUAUUUGUAUCUUUGUUGAGUGUAGGUGAAAACAUUGUAAUUUUCAGUGAUGCGGGGGUCAGAGUUUAACUGCAAUCAGACUAUAGGAAGAAUCGUAUAGUCUUGGUCUGACACUGUAAUAUUUCUCAUUUCAUUGUAUUUAUUUUUAUUUUACAGGCGCGGUGCAUAUCAAGCAACACUUUUGUAAAUACGUCAGAGUUAGCCAAAGGGCUAGUAAUCAUCUGCAGUCCCACACCAGAUGUUAGAGUAGGCUCCCCGGUAAGAAUGAAACAAUUUCUCUCUAAAAAAUGUACAAAGAUACCCUUCCUUUUAAAGAAGUUACUCUAGUUUCUCUGAUUACUUUUCAUCUUGUCUUGGAAUAUGCAAAACUUGCCAUAUCACGCUUUUGGCAGUGACAAAAGAAAAUAACCUUACAAGGGUUUCUUUGGUUGUUAUUGUUUUUCAUUGGUUUAAUUUAAAACCCAACAUUAAAAGGUUAUUAGCAUAUCUCUUUUAAGUUUCUAAUAAUCACAGCUUACAGGUAUUUGACUUACAAAAGUAAAAGUUAAACACAACCAUGAUGGAGACACAAGUGAAGUGGUAUGUGAUGAUUUGUUAAGUCCUAUUUAAAUCUUGAAAUGUUCACUUUAAAUACUGAUUCAGUCAAACUUUGCCAAUGUGUGUGUGUGCAUACCUGUGGUGUAGUCUUGCAAAAAACAUCUCUUCCCUCAAUGAUGUCAGACAUCACUUUGUCUUUGAGCUCACUGUACUCCUCAGUGGUCAAAUUGAUGGUCUCUAAUGCAGACCCACAGCUACUACAUACACCCCUGAAAACACACACAAACAAACAAACAAACAAACUCAGAUCUGUUUCAAAAACACAUUUCCGCCUAUGAAGGUUCAUGCUAAGAUAAAGUGUAAGAAUUACUUUGGGGUUGCAGUGGUCCAACUUCCUGUCCAUUUCUCUCCAGUGAGGCUGAGAACAAAGCGAUUAAGACAGAGUGAAGGAAAUGAGAGGGAAAAAAUAGAAAAGGUUUAAUAUCAAAGCCUUAACCAAUUACAGCAUGAAAUGCUGUAAUCCAGAAACAGUUUAUAUUCAGUUAAAGUUUUAACAACCUUUUAACAAAGUGUUUUUACUAAAGGUCACAUUCACCUGUAGGCUGCUAUACAAAUUUUUCGCACUAUAAGGCACACUUAAAAUUCUUUUGGCUUGUCGUAGCACUGCAGCUACCGCAGCCUCGCAGAGUUAUUGAAUGAGUUAAAUAAAGUGUGACUUAUCUGACUGUCUUGUUUGGCUUAAUGUGCUUUAUAAUCUGGUGCACCUUUCUUAUGAAAAUAGACGCGAAUAGACGCGUUCAUUUAUGGUUCAUUUCCUUAUAAUCAGGUGCGCCUUAUAGUGCGAAAAAUACAGUACCCAUCAUUUUUAUCUAAACUCAUUCACACUUCACAGGGUGCAGCCAGUGGGACCAGGACAUGGGAUUGAACCCAUGACCAUCUGAUUUACAGAUGACUAACUCUACCACUGAGGCCCUGCUAACCCUACAUAGACAAAAUUCACAUACACUAAUCUGCAAUGAAUACUACUGGUUAAUUAGAUGUCUUCUUCACUCAGUGCAUUCUUACUCAUUAAUCUGCUUACAUGUGAAGUACUAAUUACUCACUGCAAAGCAAAUUACUCUACAUUUUUGUGGAAGAGAUGUUCUCCAAAUAAAGAUGAUCAGUGUUAUUAUUAUCAGUAUCAUUAGGAUAAGUGUUGAGUUAAUCUGUGGAUUUCAUCUCACUCUCACUUUUCCACUGGCCCUCACUGUCUCUGACUUCAGCUCUUGUACCUCUCAAACCAAGACUUGAUGCUGCUGGCCAGGCCAAGUUGUGGGUAGAUCUGGUUGUCCCUCAUGCACAGCAAAAUCCCCAGCAGCUUUUCCUUGAUCUCAGACUGAGACCUGGCCUCUGCCUCCCCCUUUUUUUCUUCAUGAGCCUGCUUCUCGCCCUUAAACAGAGCUUCCCAGGUCUCCUGGUUUGGACUUAUACCCUUUUCAAUUAACUCAUCAUAAAGAGCCCAGGCAGUGAUGGUGUCUCCAUGUAACAUUGCUGCUGAGAUUAUAUCACUAUAGUUGCGUUGUGACGGGGUAAAGACCUGUUGGUAUGACAUGAAAUCAAGGUGAUGAUGGGACAUCAUGUUUUUGAGUAAUUUGAUAUUUUCAGGGAAAUUUACAAAAUAAUCUUUCACCUUCUUCAGCUCAUGCAAGAUGUUGAUGGCUUCUCUCCACCUCUCUGUGCGGCUGAAGGACUUGAUAAAGAGGCUGGAGGCUCCUGUCUCCAAAGAUGGAAAACUCUCCUGCAUAAUGCCAUAGACAUCUAACGCCUCACUGUCAUGGCCGCUGUUCACGCACAGCGUCAAGUACCGUAGUAGCAGCUCAUAGGAGAGUGUCCCUGUUUCCAUGGCUACAAAAGUCAGUAGAGAUCUGUGAUGGAGAGGUUCAGUUAACUGUAUUAUCAAACAUACUGUUCACUGCAAGUUCUUUGAGGUAAAUCAACAUGAGAUUGGGAAUAGAAUUGUUUGAGAUUUCACCAAUUUGGCGAAAAAACAAGAAAUGUAAGGACAACUGUCUUCAUCCUCUUACUUGGCUACAUUGAGGUGGGCCCCAGAGUGAAAGAUCACAUUCAUCAUCUGGAUGGCGAAGCGGUUUGGAUUUCCAUAAGUUUUCUUCAGGUUCUUCCACUCAGUAACAGAGAGUGGCUGGUCUGGGGGCUCCAUCCUCCCUUUGAAACAUGUAUACUCCAGUUACUGAAACAGUGAUUUACAACGAUCUCACAGAAACUACUAAUAUUUCAAAACCUUUAUUUAAUUUUUUACACUGACAAAGACUUUUGUUUUAUCAAAAACAAAUACUCGUGCCAUUCCCAGCUUUGACAUCAGCUACAUGCUUCAUGGGACAGGAACACUAAAAAACUAGAACAACUGUACGACACAACAAAAAUUAUACAUUGCUGGGGGAACAUCUACCAUUUAAUAAGGUUCAGCUGCAACAACAUUCGACUUCCAAAACUGUGAAAACUCGCCUCCCUGAUUCCCAAACUCUCAGUGGGUGUUUUCGAAAGAAGAGGUGAUGGACAACACGUCCCCUUCUUAACUUUUCUGAAAUAUUUUGCUGGAAUUAGACCUAAAAUACGCAUGUUCUUUUCAUUAAACAAUAAAAGUGUUCUGUUUUAAUUUUGGACUCUUUUUUGCACUGUUUCCAAAUAAAUUAAGUGUUUAAAUGAUUUGCAAAACAUCCACAUCAGUUCAGAUUGACAUUUUUCAUGGUGUCUCAGUUUCUUUUGGGUUUAUGGUUUUAUUUAACAAGACUUACUGAAGUCAGAUGAGUGUCUGUGUUUGUGUUGUUGUUGUUGAGUCAUUCUAACAUUCAGUUUUUUCUGUACCUGAGAAGUUCUCCUGGUAUAAAAAGCUGUCUCCUUCAGUAGUCUCCUCUGUCUUACCUGCUCUCUUUGUUUUGCUCUCGUCAGACUCCUCCUCCUCACUCAGCUCCUCCUCUUGAGAGACCACAGCAGCUCUCUUCCUCAUGAGAAUCUCUGUGGUCCUCUUGGCUGUCCCAGCAGCAAACACAGAUUUGGGGAAGACAGGCUUCUGACGAAGAGUGACGGACUGGCUUGUCCCCUUACCAACAGCAUCCCAAAACGACCCAUCCCUUUGUCUGGUGGUCCUGUUUUUCAACAAGUCCUGUCUAUUGCUUCUGAAGUCAGUCUGUCUGCCUCCAGUGUUGUGGUUUGAGUCUCUUGUGCACAGAAAGCAUGCUGAGAGGGGCAGCUGUGAUGUCCUUGGUGUGGGUACAGCUGAACUCCCCUGGUAGAGGAAAGGGCUCAUGGGUUUCAAAAAUAUCUUCACUGUCAUUCUCAAAGUGGAGCCCAUCUUUAAAUUUUAAUCUCUGGGCUUUAAAAAACUAAAUGUAAACUACCUUUUACGAAGAUUAAACCCCUUGAGCUAUAAAUCCACUACUGUACAUCAUUAAUCAGUGACCUGAACAUGAAGCUACUAAUCUAACAGUGUUAAGCUCCAGCACAACAAAGCUAAAAACUCCUCGCUUGUUGGCUCAGUACGAAAUAGACAAAUCUGAAACGCGGUCAAUAGUAUCCCUUUAUAUUCAGUCUGAAUGAAGAAAACAGCCUCUGUAACCGCAGUCAAAAAACUUCAACAGCAUGCUGAACUGGAGUCGCAGACGUGACGUCAUCAACAUUUGACAGCUGCGUUUGGGAGCAGCGUCAUGUGACUGAAGGUCAAGAGAGAAAACCCGGAAAUGAAGGACAAUUUCAAAAUAAUACUCAAAUUUUAUUGCUCUAACGGAAAAGAAAUAUGCUUGAAAACUUUAAAAACUUUGGGAAUUAUGGUUAAAUACAAAUUCUGUCUUGUCUCCGAGGUAUGUUGUUUCUGUGCCCGAUUUCUUAACUUGCAGGUGAGACAGACCAUAAAACCAUCAGAUUUGUGGGAAGUAGUAGGCCUAGGCCUAAUUACUUUUGGCCCUAUUUUGGUGUCUACAACAUAGACUGAGAGAUGGCCUCGCAAAAUAUUAAACACAUUCCCCCUGGAUAGAUGCAGAGUCUGAAUCACUCUGAACACUAAUGCUGUUGUUUAUAUUGCAACAGUUAGCUUGAAAAAUAUACUUUUACAUACUUGCAUAUCUUUCUACUCAAUCCCAAAUAGGUAAAAGUGAGUAUGGGCGAGUGGGGUAAGAUGAGCCAUUUUUCAUAUUUCAGAUCACUACAUCAAGGCAAUCAUAGUUUUGUCUCUAACUAGUGUAUCUGCAUAUGUUUCAAGAUGUUGUGCAUCCCUGAAAACCAACAGAAUGAGUGUAAACAUAACUGUCUUGAUAAUAUAGCACGCCAAAAAAGUGGUCUCCUAUGGUCAACUUACCCCGUUUAUGGGGUAAGUUGAGCUGUGUCCCUACUACCCCCACCCCCGCACCCCAGCCCUUGCUCGCAUGCCUUCUCUCUCCCUAAAUAACAGUCACUUCUUCACAGUCAUGUGUAUUUUUAUCUAUUAUACACUAUUCAACUGGUACAAUAAUUCUUUUUAUUAUUAUUGCAUAUAACUGCUAAAAAGCAGUUUUGUAAAAAGACAUUGUAAAAUGAGAAUGUCUUUAAAUGAUUCAGAACAUUCACAGCUGUAUUUUUGAAAAGAAAUGUAACACAUUUCAACAAUCUGAACUGAAACUCUGAUCCUCUCAUCAGACUUCUUUACUUUCUCACUUCAGCCCCGGGCUCAACUUACCCCUGAACUAACAUGAUGACUUUAUAAGUCCUCUAAGCUAAAAUGGUGGACUUUUAUGCUAGGUUUUUGACCUCAUAUUUUAGCUCAUAGAUACCACAAUUGAUGUAAAACAAAUUUAAAAUGAUUUUUUUUUUUGUCUGAACACAAUUCCAAUCAAACUUAUGACAGACUAAAUUCACUUUUAAGAGUGAAAAAUGUAUUUUUGGAGAUAAAUGUCUAACCCCUUCACCCAUAUGCUUCUAACCUUCACAGACUUCAUGAAUUCAUGCCCAUCUCCUAAUUAUUUGGUCACAUGAUCAAUUUCUUUUACCAUUUCCAAGCAACAGGGGGUGGUUCAACUUACCCAUUGGCUCAACUUACCCCAAUCUCCUCCAUUCAGUUCUUUAGGAAAAACUUAAGUACUUUGUAAUUCUAGUUUGUACAGACAGAGUCGAGCUUUUAUUUUGAAAUACCAAACGUCCAACCGGGGUUACAUUCUUACUUUCAUGGCAGCUUGAUGUUUUUCCAUUUUGUGAUAGAUAUAUUGAUUGUUGCCUACUUUAGGAAUAAAAAGGUUACGCAAUGAGACAUUAAAUCCACUUUUAGCAGAAAUGGCCCAAGAACAGCAGCCUCACUGGUCGGAUAUUUUGAAAAGGAGACUCGCAAACUCAAAAAAAGGUGAGAGCAAAUCAAACCGACGUUACUUGAACACUAGCUAACACUGGCUAACUUUGUAUACUCAGCUGCUCAGAGUGAUUAUAUCAAUACUAACGUUAAAGUUUUGAUUGAUUUUCUUUAUAUUAUACAGACGAGAGGAGCGAUGAAGAAAAGAAAACAGAAGAAACAGAGCUGUUCACCAAAUAUUACACGGAGUGGAGAGGAGGGGGAGACAGAGACAAGACCUACAAGAAGAUACCACGAUUUUACUACAGAGUAUGAACUGAAAAUGUGACCUUUUUAGAACAAGUUUAUACUGGUGUUCACGGUGUUAUUGUGUUUGAGAGCAGACUAAGCUGUCAAACUCUUAAGGCUGAGGACUGUUUUCACCCCCCUGGUUGUUUUCUAUGGUAUCUCUGUAUGGACCUGACAGCAGCAGCUGUGGUCUGACCUGUCUUAAAAAGUUUGCAAGAUUACACACCAUUAUUAUUAUUAUUUUACAUGAUACUGCCCUUACAUUAGAUUAUCCUUGAGGUCUAAGUUUGUAGAGUUUUUUCAAAUGUCACAGGUUUGCACCACAGCACCACAAGUUAAGUCAUGACUUUUAGUGUUUUAUGGGUCCAUAUUGGCUUUUAGUGCCACUACGGAUGUUAUUAAUGGAGCACUAUUUCUACAGUGUUAAAACAAGGAGCAAGCUCUGAAAAAGCUGUGAGGUUAUGUUUCUAUUAUAAAAUGAGGAGGUAUUACACAACUACUCCAACAUAUGAACUUUAUGAAGUAACAGUUACAGCCCAUCAGCUGUGUCCACAUGAGAGACAGGGAUGAAAACCAAACAAGGCAACCUGAGUGUUAUCUUAAAAAUGCUGAUGAUGAUUAUCAGCUUGUUAUUGAUUUGCAUUUUGCAGCUUCAAACAGAUGUGUGAAGAUAAUAGUCAGCUGGCUUAUGAUGAAUAUUUUGCACCAUUAAGAUAACUCUGUUGAAGAUGAUGACGAUGAUGUUCAUUAUGAUGAUGGUGUUGUUCUGCAGUUACCAGCAGAGGAUGAAAUUUUGCUGCAGAAACUGAGAGAGGAAUCCAGAGCUGUCUUCUUACAGAGAAAGAGCAGAGAGCUGCUGGAUAAUGAGGAGCUUCAGGUGAACAACACACAUGCUGAUAUAGUCAAUAUAACAACAUAAUGACACACCUUUGCACAGAGGGUGUAUGUUGUGUGUCUGUUAAGGGUGAAAUCUGUAUCUUUUAUUUGCUUUUCUGCAGAACCUGUGGUUUCUGCUUGAUAAACACCAGGUUCCUCCUGUGAGUGGAGAGGAGGCCAUGAUCAGUUAUGAAGCCUUCCUGCAGGUGGGCGAGAGGGCCGGACCAAAGUGCAUGUAAGUAAAAGGAAGUCAAUGUUUACUGGCACCUCCACAGUACGGUAAAAUCCCCUUUGCUUGACUUCCUUUAAAAGCACAUUUUUGUGCCAAGGGUUCAUCCUUGAUCAAAGGUUGUCUUGAAAAAUUCCCCCUAUAACAGGGAUUUUAUAUCCACCUCAUGUCUCAACUGAUGGGAAACUUGGCAUGAACAAAUAAAUUCUGUUUUCAUUGCUUCAUAAACUUUUGAAUCAGGAUGUGGAUACUGAAGAAGAAGGUUUCAAUAGGUGUCUACUAUCAACUUUUAAAAGUUUGGAUGUUAAAACAGGAAGUUUCUUCAUCUUCAGAUAUAGGGGGAAAUCUGACUUUUUCAUGUUAUGCCAGAUUUGUGUUUCAAAAAGUCUUAAAAUUUACAAUGCAACAAAGCUGAACCCAGGGAAGGAAAAGUGCAGUCAGAAGAUUAGUGUUUUCUUCAGCAAAUAUUCACUAAAUAGUGACGCUUUCAUUGUUAACAGGAUGAGAUUUUGCCCACAGGGGUCCCCAAAAAUGGACACAAAUUCCUCACUGCAGCUUUAAGACAAUGAACAAUGUUUCUCUCUUCAUGUCCUCUAUGUCCUUCAGCAAAUUUUUCACAGCCAGAGUCUAUGCCAAGCUGCUCCACAGCGACCCUUAUGGCAGGAUCUCCAUCAUGCAGUUCUUUAACUACGUCAUGAGAAAAGGUUAACUGAUUUGCUUUUUUGUCUAUCAUAUUUUUUAGAAUUAUUUAGCAGUGAACACAGCCUGUUUUUGAAGGUUAAAAGGUUAUAAUUCACAUCUAUUGAACAGAUUAAGUCCUAUAUUGAUCUUUCCCAUCAACAUAAAAGCUUUAGUAUGUCAGAUGUUAUACAAUUUUCUGAACUGAACGUGUUCAUUCUCUUUGUUCAUCUAGUAUGGCUCCAUCAGACACGGAUCGGUCUGAGUCUGUACGAUGUUGCAGGACAGGGCCACCUCAGAGAGUCGGUGAGUGUUUCCAUCAGUAACCACACCCUUUAAAUGUAUGAACAGCUGGUUGGAUGACUGUUGCUAAUGCUUCUUAUUCUGUGUAGGAUCUAGAAAACUACAUCCUGGAGCUCAUCCCUACUUUGCCUCAGCUAGACGGGCUGGAGAAAUCGUUCUACUCCUUCUAUGUCUGCACUGCAGUUCGAAAGUUCUUUUUCUUCCUCGACCCACUUAGGACAGGUAAGACUGAGGGUCAAAGCGCAAGGGCAGUCGCCACUUUCUAAAUAGAUUGUUAAUCAUUGUUAAAAGUUAAUGUUUUGAAUGAAGACAUUAAAUGUUUGGCCCAAGAAAGCUGACUUUCUCUGCUGAUAGAGUAGUGUCUGCAUGUUUCAGGAUUCAGUGCACAGAAGUAACCAUCCAGCCUUUGCUCGGCUUUAUUUCUUCAGCCUAUUUUGACCCAGUCCAGUAUCUUGAAAUCACUUUUUGUCUUUUUCUUGCAUAGUUUCUCAGCUAGAGUGCAAGUACAAUAACAGUGUAGACCAUGAUUUGAUGUUUGGAUAGCCUGUAGUUCUUUAUGGCAACAAAAUGCUGACACCAUUGGCUGGGAACAACUGCAUUUGAAAAAUACUGAGAGCAGGAAGAAACAGUAUUCACUAACCUAACUGUAAUCAACACAGAUAAAGUUGAAAAUAUGUGAAAUGUCCUUUAAAUAAAGGUCUUUUUUGUUUCUCUCUAAAGGAAAGAUAAAAAUCCAGGACAUACUGGCCUGCAGCUUUCUAGAUGACUUAUUGGAGGUAGGUUUUUUAUAUGGAUAUGGAUUUUUUUCACUUAAUGCUUGGCUGCAUAGUCCAACAUAACCCCUCACUCUCUCUUAUUCUCCCUCUUUGUGCUCUCAGCUGAGAGAUGAAGAGCUCUCCAAAGAGAGUCAGGAGUCCAACUGGUUCUCUGCCCCCUCAGCUCUCAGAGUCUAUGGUGAGUAAACAGAAAACGUCUGUUUCAGUGCGCAUAAACGUGUUUGUGGGUGUCUGUCAUGCAUGUUUUUAAUUAUUUGUGUACCCACAGGUCAGUACCUCAACCUGGAUAAGGACCACAACGGCAUGCUGAGCAAAGAGGAGCUCUCACGUUACGGCACAGCCACACUCACCUCCGUCUUUCUGGACAGAGUGUUUCAGGAGUGCCUCACCUAUGACGGAGAAAUGGUAUGAUCAGCUCUAACUCUCUGCUGCCCUAGAAAGAUAUAGGGUUGUCGUUUAAUAUCUCACCAGGAUGCAUGUUGAUGUUCAACUUUGACCAAAGUCCUAAGGUUAAUCUUGAGUAGCUCAUUGAAUGUAAACUCUCAGGACAGCAAACAUGUACAGUUUCAAUCCCCCUCAUAUUAUAGAAUUUUUGGUGAUCAUUUUGUAGACUCUAGUGUGCUGAAUUGACUACACAAAUGAUUGUUGUUCUUUCUCUUCCUCCUCAGGACUAUAAGACCUAUCUAGACUUUGUGCUGGCGUUGGAGAACAGGAAGGAGCCAGCAGCGUUACAGUACAUUUUUAAACUUCUCGACAUGGAGAAUCAAGGAUACCUCAACGUCUUCUCCCUCAACUAUUUUUUCAGGGUACCACCUUCACAUCUGUGACACAAACAUAUGUACCAAAAUAUCUAACAAGACUCAACCAAAAUAUCUCAUUUAGAUUGACCUACAGUAUCUCCCAUUAAAAUUCACUAUAUUAUCUUUGGCUUCCUCAGAAAUACUUUCAUUAACUCUUUUCUCUUACGUUUAUAUACUUGGAACUCUAUUUUCUUUUAGGUCCUCUAUAUAACCUUAAAAUCAUUUAAACCCAGAAUCUGUCCCAUAGAUUCGAACUGUUCUCAAACACCCGUGACUUUCUGAUGUUGAGCUGUUUGUAUGGAGGUGUAUAUAACCCUGUUAACGGCAGUGUUGUAUGCUUUGUUGAUCAGGCCAUUCAGGAGCAGAUGAAAAUCCACGGUCAGGAGCCUGUCACCUUUCAGGAUGUCAAGGUAUGUUUGUGCAGUAUGCAAAAUUCAAUAGAAAUGCUGUUUUAACAAGUACACAACCAUGAUCACCAUCUCUGUCUACUCAGGAUGAGAUCUUUGACAUGGUGAAGCCCAAAGACCCCUAUAAGAUCACUCUGCAGGACUUGGUAAACAGCUGCCAGGGUGAUACCGUGACCAGUAUCCUGAUCGACCUCAAUGGCUUCUGGACCUAUGAGAACAGAGAGGUGCUGGUUGCCAAUGACAACGACACCAGCAACACAGCUGAUCUUGAUGACACCUGAAGAUGAUUUCAAGGCAUUCCUGUCACCAGAGGGUCUCGGCUGCGGUCCCAGCCUGAAAUUCUCGAGUCCUACUGAACUGAAUUCACUUCCUGCUGGUUCACGUGCACUUCUGGUUAAGCUGAAUCUAAAUGUUACAGUUUCAACACCUCAAGAAGAUGAAAAGAGUGAGGUGGAGACAGAAUGAGCUGUUUUGAAGGUGCAGUGCCAGAUGUAAUGUUGCCUCUUUUUCCUGUAAAGAAAACUGAUCUCUCUUUUGUCACUGACCUUUUCAUUAAAUUUAACCUUUUCCUACAACACCUAAAUGUGUCAUUUUUUCCCUUUUACCAUAAAAAC